UUUCUAGACCCACUAGAAGAAUCCAAUCCCUUGUCCAUGGAGACACAUGAGUUCAAUUCAAUGCAUCAAUUUCCCAUUCCAAACUCAAACAAGAAACACAAACUCUUGUCUAACUCUAACCAUUUAUAACAUGCCAUCAUCUUCUUCUCUCCCUCUCCGCAAUUGCAACCAAUUUCCAUUCUUCCAUUUCCUCCCAACAACAACAACUUUCAACAACAAUCACUUUUCUCCUUUAAUAACCAAAUCCCAAUCCAUGUCAUCAUCUUUCUCUUCCUCUUCUUCAUCCAACAAUUCCACCAAACAACAACAACAACAACAACCUCAAAUCUCAAACAUUGAACAACAAGAACAACAACACAAACUCUCCCAUGUCAUCAAAUACCACAACCAAACCAAACACAAUUUCAACAACUAUGCAAGAGGACCACAUGGCCUUGAUUGGGCCAACCAGCCAAAUCCAUUUCGUAGGUAUCUCUCUUCCCCUCUUCUUUCUCUUCUCCAUUUUACCCCUCAACAAGAACAACAAUCACCCCUUUACUCUUCUCUCUUCAAUUCUCUUCCAUCUCCAAAACCCAUUUCCAAAUCCACUAUUUCUCAGUUCCUCUAUGAUUCUCUCGCCCUCUCAGCUUGGAAAACUACAAGCUUUUCAACUUGGUCUCUAAGAGUAAACCCUAGCAGUGGUAAUUUACAUCCAACUGAAGCAUAUAUCAUUGCACCUUCCAUUGAAUCACUCUCUGAUACACCUUUUGUUGCUCAUUAUGCUCCAAAGGAACAUUCUUUGGAACUUAGAGCUCAAAUCCCAUCUGGUUUUUUUUCUAAAUUUUUUCCACCCAAUUCUUUUCUUGUUGGGUUUUCCUCCAUUUUCUGGCGCGAGUCUUGGAAGUAUGGUGAACGUGGCUUUAGAUACUGUAACCAUGAUGUUGGCCAUGCUAUUGGUGCUGUUUCAAUGGCUGCUGCUAGUCUUGGUUGGGAUGUGAAGCUUUUGGAUUCAUUAGGGUUUGAAGAGUUGAAGUUUCUUAUGGGAGUUCAUGUUUUUCCUGAAUUUGAAACACCUUCGCGUGCUGUUAAAGGUAAGAUUCCUGAGAUUGAGUUUGAACAUCCUGAUUGUGUGAUGCUUGUUUUUCCAAGUGGGGUUAGUGGUUUUGAUUUGGAUUAUAAAGAAUUGAGUAAUGCUAUGUUGGAGUUUUCUAAGUUGGAGUGGAAAGGGAAACCUAAUUCCCUUAGUAAAGAACAUGUUUGUUGGGAUAUUAUUUAUAAAACUUCUGAAGUUGUUAAAAAGAGUUUAACUUUAGGAGAUAGGUUUUUGGUAGAUCCAUUUCAAAGGAGUGGAAUUUGUAGUGAAACUGAAAGUGAAAGUGUUUACAAGGGUUUGACUGUGAGGGAAGUUGUUAGGAAGCGUAGAAGUGCGGUUGAUAUGGAUGGAGUUACUGGAAUGGAGAGGGAAACAUUUUAUCAGAUUUUGUCACAUUGUCUUCCUUCUGGUUCACAAGCUGGAAAGAAGCAGGGGAAACAACUCUCUUUGCCGUUCCGAGCGUUUCCUUGGGAUGCUGAGGUUCAUGCUGCAUUGUUUGUUCAUAGAGUGGUGGGGUUACCUCAGGGAUUGUAUUUCCUUGUGAGGAAUGAAGAUCAUUUUGCUGAGUUGAAGAAAGCUAUGAAUCCUGACUUUGUCUGGACCAAACCGGAGGGUUGUCCUGAUGAGCUUCCUCUAUAUGAACUCUUUAGAUCAGAUUGUCGACGGCUUGCUAAGCAGCUUUCGUGCCAUCAGGACAUUGCAAGUGACGGUUGUUUUAGCCUUGGUAUGUUGGCCCGUAUGGAACCUAGUUUGCGUGAGAAUAACGUUUCGAUGUAUCCACGCUUAUUUUGGGAAACUGGAGUUCUCGGACAGGUGUUGUACCUUGAAGCUCAUGCAGUUGGAAUCUCAGCGACUGGAAUUGGCUGCUUCUUUGACGACCCUGUGCAUCAGUUACUUGGGUUAAAAGGGUCAACCUUCCAAAGCCUAUAUCAUUUUACGGUCGGAAGUCCUGUCGAGGAUAAGCGUAUAAUGAGCUUACCAGCCUAUCCAGGGCCCGAAGAUGUUGCGUGAUUUCAUAUUGCGAUUCAUCGUUAAGGUUAACUUGCAUAACAAGUCGCCUGCCAAGUGAUCUCUCUUCCUCUCUAAACACUUUUAGAUUGUAAUAACACCUUUGUAUAUGCGAUUCCUCUGCAUAGAUAAAAUUUUGCGCACACACAUCCACACAUUUGAUAUUUUUAUGACGAGUUUAGUAAUAAGUUUUGAUUUGUUAUCAUAGUUAAAGGAAUAACAAAUGUGAUGAUGAUGUAUACAUGGAAAAUCAUAACUUCUGUAUAGUUUGAGAUCAGUUAUAUUAGUUUGAUCAGUCAGCA